ACGUUAUAAAGCUGUGACCUUUGAUUCCCUGUUGCCAUGGUGAUUAUUAGACUUUGGUAUUUCCUGGUGUCAGGAGACUUGACUUUGACGUUGUCCUGUUGAGACGCAGAUUAGUUCUCCGUGUUGAAGCUGAAGAUCUUUGACUGGAUGUGACUUCAGCAGCUGAACUCCAUCAGUGUUGUUGUAGUGACAGAGUGCAGCUCUCCCAGCAGGGGGCGCUCUGCUAUGGAUCAGUGUGAGGACACAGAGGAGGGAGCCCCUCCCUCUAAAACCUCUCUGUGUGAAGAACAUGAAGCUCUGAGGAUGCAGGAACAGAGACCAGACUCUCCUGGACCCAGCUGUGUGUCCAUGAAGAGUGACCGGUCUAACAGUCUCAUUAUUGACUUUAAAGAUGGAAGUCCUGCUGAUGGAAGGAUGCAGGAACAGAGACCAGACUCUCCUGGACCCAGCUGUGUGUCCAUGAAGAGUGACUGGUCUAUGGGUCGCCUUAUUGACUUUAAAGAUGGAAGUCCUGCUGAUGGAAGAGUUCAAGAGGAGAGCUCCAAUGUUCACAGAGAUCAAUCAGACCAGCAGAAUCCAACAGACCUGGACUCCAUCUUUAUGCUGCUGGAGGAGAACAUCGUCACCUUUGUGAAGAACGAGCUGAAGAGAGUCCAGAGGGUUCUGAGUCCAGAUUACCCAGAAUGCUUAGAGAGUCAGAGUGAGGAUGAAGAGCAGGGGAGAAGCUGUAAAGAGGAAUUUUUGAAGAUAACUCUGCACUUCCUGAGGAGAAUGAAGCAGGAGGAGCUGGCUGACUGUCUGCAGAGCAGGACAGUCACUGCAGAGUGCCGGCGUAAACACAAAUCUAACCUGAAGGAGAAGUUCCAGUGUGUGUUUGAGGGGAUUGCUAAAGCAGGAAACCCAACCCUUCUGAACCAGAUCUACACAGAGCUCUACAUCACAGAGGGAGGGACUGGAGAGGUUAACGAUGAACAUGAGGUCAGACAGAUUGAAACAGCAUCCAGGAAACCAGAUAGACCAGAAACAACCAUCAGACAAGAAGACAUCUUUAAAGUCUCACCUGGAAGAGAUGAACCAAUCAGAAGAGUGAUGACAAAGGGAGUGGCUGGCAUCGGGAAAACAGUCUUAACACAGAAGUUCACUCUGGACUGGGCUGAAGACAAAGACAACCAGGACAUACAGUUCACAUUUCCAUUCACUUUCAGAGAGCUGAAUGUGCUGAAGAAGAAAAAGUUCAGCCUGUUAGAACUUGUUCAUCACUUCUUUCCUGAAACCAAAGAAGCAGGAAUCUGCAGGUUUGAAGAGUUCCAGGUUGUGUUCAUCUUUGACGGUCUGGAUGAGUGUCGACUUCCUCUGGACUUUAAAAACAACGAGACCCUGACUGAUGUCACAAAGUCCACCUCAGUGGAUGUGCUGCUGACUAACCUCAUCAGGGGGAAACUGCUUCCCUCUGCUCGCCUCUGGAUAACCACACGACCUGCAGCAGCCAAUCAGAUCCCUCCUGAGUGUGUUGACAUGGUGACAGAGGUCAGAGGGUUCACUGACCCACAGAAGGAGGAGUACUUCAGGAAGAGGUUCAGAGAUGAGGAGCAAGCCAACAGAAUCAUCUCCCACAUCAAGACAUCCAGAAGCCUUCACAUCAUGUGCCACAUCCCGGUCUUCUGCUGGAUCACUGCUACAGUUCUGGAAGAUGUGCUGAAGACCAGAGAGGGAGGAGAGCUGCCCAAGACCCUGACUGAGAUGUACAUCCACUUCCUGGUGGUUCAGUCCAAACUGAAGAACAUCAAGUAUGAUGGAGGAGCUGAGACAGAUCCACACUGGAGUCCAGAGAGCAGGAAGAUGAUUGAGUCUCUGGGAAAACUGGCUUUUGAGCAGCUGCAGAAAGGAAACCUGAUCUUCUAUAACUCAGACCUGACAGAGUGUGACAUCGAUAUCAUAGAAGCCUCAGUGUACUCAGGAGUGUUCACACAGAUCUUUAAAGAGGAGAGAGGACUGUACCAGGACAAGGUGUUCUGCUUCAUCCAUCUGAGUGUUCAGGAGUUUCUGGCUGCUCUUCAUGUCCAUCUGACCUUCAUCAACUCUGGAGUCAAUCUGAUGUCAGAAGAACAAAAAACAUCCUGGAGGUCUAAAGUAUUCAGAGAAAAUCCUGACCCAACACCUUUAUAUCAGAGUGCUGUGGACCAGGCCUUACAGAGUCCUAAUGGACACCUGGACUUGUUCCUUCGCUUCCUCCUCGGUCUUUCUUUAGAGACCAAUCAGAAUCUCAUACGAGGUCUGCUAACACACACAGGAAGUGGCUCAAAGACCAAUCAGAAAACAGUCAAGUACAUCAAGGAGAAGAUCAGUGAGGAUCUGUCUGCAGAGAAAAGCAUCAAUCUGUUCCACUGUCUGAAUGAACUGAAUGAUCGUUCUCUAGUGGAGGAGAUCCAACAGUCCCUGAGAUCAGGACGUCUCUCCACAGAUAAACUGUCUCUUGCUCAGUGGUCAGCUCUGGUCUUCAUCUUACUGUCAUCAGAAAAAGAUCUGGACGUGUUUGACCUGAAGAAAUACUCUGCUUCAGAGGAGGCUCUUCUGAGGCUGCUGCCUGUGAUCAAAGCUUCAAACAAAGCUCUGUUGAGUGACUGUGAGGUCUCAGAAAGAAGCUGUGAAGCUCUGUCCUCAGUCCUCAGCUCCCAGUCCUCUAGUCUGAGAGAGCUGGACCUGAGCAACAACAACCUGCAGGAUUCAGGAGUGAAGCUGCUGUGUAGUGGUUUAAAGACUCUACACUGUUCACUGGAAAUGCUCAGGCUGAGUGGCUGUAACCUCUCAGAGAGAAGCUGUGAAGCUCUGUCCUCAGUCCUCAGCUCCCAGUCCUCUAGUCUGAGAGAGCUGGACCUGAGCAACAACAACCUGCAUGAUUCAGGAGUGAAGCUGCUGUGUAGUGGACUAAAGAGUCCACUCUGUAGACUGGACACUCUCAGUCUGUCAAACUGUCUGAUCACAGGAGAAGGUUGUACGUCUCUGGCCUCCGCUCUAAGCUCCUCCCCCCUGCGAGAUCUGGACCUGAGCUACAACCAUCCAGGAGAACGAGGAGAGAAGCUGCUGUCUGCUCGACUGGAGGAUCCACACUGCAGACUGGAGACACUGAGUUUGGACCAUAGUGGACUGCACAGACUGAAGCCUGGUCUGAGGAAGUACGCCUGUGAGCUGGAACUGGACACAAACACAGUGAGCAGAUACCUGAAACUGUCUGACAACAACAGGAAGGUGACACAUGUGGAGAAGCUUCAGUCAUAUCCUGAUCAUCCAGACAGAUUUGAACACUGGCCUCAGCUGCUGUGUAGGACUGGUCUGACUGGUCGCUGUUACUGGGAGGUCGAGUGGAGAGGAGAGGUUGAUGUAUCAGUGAGUUACAGAGGAAUCAGAAGGAGAGGAGGCAGUAAUGAAUGUUGGUUUGGAUAUAAUGAUCAGUCCUGGAGUCUGAGCUGCUCUGAUGAAGGUUACUCUGUCUGUCACAAUAACAGAAGAACACAGAUCUCCUCCUCCUCCUCCUCCUCCUCUUCCUCCUCCUCCUCUGUCUCUAACAGAGUAGCAGUGUAUGUGGACUGUCCUGCUGGCUCUCUGUCCUUCUACAGAGUCUCCUCUGACACACUGAUCCACCUCCACACCUUCAACAACACCUUCACUGAACCUCUCUAUCCUGGGUUCUGGUUCUGGUCUCUUAGUUCUUCAGUGUCUCUGUGUGGUCUGUCGGUCUGAGAAACACUGCUGACUGAAGAUCAGCUGACUCUGUUCACUCUGUCCAGCUGGUCUGUUUCAUGGUUGGGGGGUGUGAUAAUGGGGGGUGGGGGUGGUAAUGGGGGUUAAAUGUUCUACAUUACAGAAAAACAAUGGACCCCCUUCUUUAAUGUCUGUAUUGUUCUGAUCUCACCAAUAAAAAACAAGUGACAAUUAAACAAUUAAAUUCCUCCUCCUGCUGUCUUGAUAUUGGCAGCAGGAGGAGGAGUCAUGGCUCCAGAUCUGUUACAAAGUGUAAACUUGUCUCUCAGGUGUCUUCCCACAGGCCCUGAAAACAGCAGUCAUCAAGUCACUACUAGAAAAGAACAAUCUAGACAAUAAUGAAUAAUUACAGGCCUAUAUCAAAUCUUCCUCUGUUAGGUCAAACGAUAGACAAAGCUGUGUUUCAGAAGUUAAAUAACUUCUUGAUAUUGAAAGACUGUUUGGAUGUCUUCCAGUCAGGUUUUGGACCAAACCGCAGCACUGAGACAGCUCUGGUUAAAGUGUUUCAUGACAUCCGUUUAAACACAGACAGAACCUCAGUCUAAGUUCUUCUUGGGUAACACUUUAUAUGAAGGUCCUUGAAAUAAACUGUUAUUACCAUCAAAUCUGCUGUAUAAGACACACUUUAAACCAUCAGGCAUCAGAUUUAAAAUGUACUACCCUCUUGAGUCAUUAAGGACAAAAAUGUCCACUUCCAAAAAUCUGCUCUAAAAAUAGAACAGAUUCAUUUUUUUGUUGCUUUUUUCUGUAUAAAUCUCUUAAACAACUUCCGCCCUGCUCAAAACUACCAAACAUUCAAUCAUUUUGAGGAUUUUAACCCUUUAGAUGCCAAUUUCAUUACUUGAUGUCACUGUUGUUAUUUAUAAAAAAUAAAAUAAAAAAAAGUUAUUUUCCAUUUAACAAAUAUUUGGUGGCUGGGGGCUUUUUAAAAAUUCAGUCUUGGAUAAGUCAAAGGAUAGACAAAAUAUUUACUUUGAUGCAUUGUUAGUUUUUGUGUAGCAUCAGAUUUAAAAUGUACUACCCUAUUGAGUCAUUAAGGACAAAAAUGUCCACUUCCAAAAACUGCUAUAAAAAUAGUACAGAUUACUUUUUUUUCUGCUUUUUUAGGUUAAAUCUUUUGAUCAACUUCAGUCCUGAUCAAAACGAUCAAAUAUUACUUUAUUGGUAUUAUUCAAAAG